AUGACGACUUGCUGCGCUGUAUUCGGCCUGGUCUUUUUGGUGCUCACCAAUUUAGCAAUAAUUAUCUCAUUUGCUACGCCUUACUGGAUUGAGUUCAAGGCGGGCGACUACCAGGGCUUGUGGGCUCACUGCAAGGCCAACUCUUGCACAUGGGUGUUUGAGGAUAACUACAAGUUAAAUACCAUAACCACUGCCACCCACAUCGACAUCAGUUCAGAAUGGUGGAUAGCUACCCAAGGUUUAAUGUGUUUCGGCUUGUCAUUGGCUCUUUUCUCUUUACUGUUCGCCACCAUUGCUCUAUGCUGUGACUGUCGUGGAUGUAAUACAAGUCAGGUCAUUAGUGGACUUUUGCUUAUGUCAUUUCUAAACCUGGCUGUGGCUGCCGUUGUGUUUGGGGUCUGUGCUUACAAGAAUUCUCAAGUUAUAGUCAGCUUUGACCAACACAGUGGGAGAAAUUUUGGCUGGUCAUUUUGGCUGGACUCUGCAGCAGCUGGACUGGCGCUGUUCACCUCCAUUAUCUACGUCAUAGAGGGUCGAGGGAAAUCAUUAUAGAUUAGCUAAUCAAUAUUUGUAUUUAGUUUUACAGUUGUUGCAAUCUAGGAAAAAAAAUCACUAUAAUUCAAUCUUUUAAUAGAAGUUGUGUUUAAAGCCUUUACAAUGUUUUUUUUUCAAAAUUUAAAACAAUACUAAUGUAACUUCUGGAAAUGCAUUUCGAGCAAUUUGUAAAAAAUCAUUUUUCUAAAAACAAUUUUAAAGAAAUGUUAUAACAAAUAAAAAUGAUAGAAAAACAAUUGUUGUAGAAAUAAAUUAUUUAAAAAAUAAAUUAUUAAAAUAGCAGAAACGUAAUAUUUUUUAAAUUAUAAGACUAUUUAUUAUAAAAAUUUAUUAUUAUUAUUAUUAUUUCGCAAUAAUAAAUCAUUAUGAUUUUUCUCGAUUGUAGUUUGACAUUAACUUUUGUAAUCCUGCGGAGUGUAUUUCAAAUUUUUUUUGGUUACGACCAUAAUAUAACUGUGUUUUUUUCUUGGUCAUGACUCUGUUGAAUAUUAAGUAACAGACGACACUAUCAUUUACUUAUACUGCUGCUACUUAUUUUGUACAAAAUACUUCUACACAAUGUUUAUAUUUUAGUUGUUGCUGGGUUUUGUUUUUAAUUACAAAUGUUGUUUUGUAGCUAUUACUUGUCAUUGAUAUUACUUACAAACGUAGAGAUAGUAAAGACACAAACAUGGAAAAGAUUCUUAGAUACAACUGAAUCAUGUAGAAAAAGAAUAUACUUUGCUAUUUAUAUUAUCUUUCUGUAUGAAAUAGUUUCAUUUGUAAAUUUUUAUUUGACAGUCCUCGUGUUUUUUUUUCAUCUCAACAGUUUCUCUUAUAAUGAUUUCAUCCCAAAUAAACUUCUGCCAAUGUCACAGAUAUGUCUGUACUGACAUCUUUAAAUUUCUUUGUCAUGAGGUGGUUAAGUGCUUGGCUUCCUAGCCCAGGGUCCUAGGUUCGAAUCUCGGUGAAGGAUGGGAUUUUGAAUUGCGGGAUUUUUUAGGGCACCCUUGAGUCCACCCAACAUUUAGGGGGGAUCUGACAAUAGUUGAGGAAAGUAAAGGCUGUUGGAGCGUUGUGCAGGCGACACGACACCCUCGUUAGCCAGGGCAAAAGAAACAGAAUAACUUGGCGUCAUCAGGCACAUAGUUUGCAGGGUCUGAGUUUACUUACUAUAUGUUUCUCCAUUUCUUAUUCCUGUGAGUCUUUGAUGUUUACUUGGCCUACAUGCACACAUUGAUGGUUAAAGUUAGCAUUUCAUUUGGAAUGUUUAUUAAUUUUUUUUAAAAUAAUCCAUUUCUUCAUAGCUUAUUGGAUACAUAGUGGCAAUCUGUGCUUAUUGCGUAUUUUAAUCUUCAUUAAAGAAAAAAAUAUCUAUUCAUAAUGGUAAAACAGUGCUCGCGUAAGGGUAUGUGAGUUAAAUUUGUUUAUAUUUAAUCAUCUUCAUAUUGAAAUAAUAGAUUAAAUGAUCAAUAUUAUUUAUAUUUAUUUAGUUAUAUAUAUUAAUUUAGUGCUUAUUUAAUACCAGAUUGUAUCCGCCGUUAACGCCCGGUAUUAUCAAUCCAGCAUCACUCUACUUCCGAACAAUUUUCGCGUUGUGACGGUUAAAAAAAAGGGCAAUAAGAGUGUUAAACCAUAAACUUUGUAAAACGUUUUUGUUACUCAAUGCUCUCCCUUUCUGAACUAAACGAAAUAUUUAUAUUACAAAAGAAGCUACGUUCAGAAGCAAAAAAAAAAAAAAUAAAUAAAUAUAAUAAUAAUAUGAAUUAUCUAUUACGUUUUUUUUAAGGCUUGGAGUCUUAAAUAUUAUGUUAUAACUGCUACAGAAAUAAAUCGGCCUUUUUAUUGUAAGAAACUAAACGAAAAGAACUAUACUUCAAAACAUUAUCACGUGACAAUGUUAAUAGGGUAUACAUUUCUUCCUAUCUAGAUAUUGGAGAACUUCUAGUAAAUGUGUGGCAGAGUAUAGUUAAUAUAUGUUAUUACUUUUCAAAAUCGUGUUUUUUUUUCAUUCCUUUUAUUUUAAUUGUUAUGAAUUAAUUUCUGUUACCUAGGUAACUGUAUAUUCAUUUUUUAUAUUUAUUUGCUGAUAGUGUUCAAUUGUUUAUAAUGUAUGUCUUAUUUUUCUUGUAACUGUUCACAAGGAUAUUAUGUUGUCUAGAAUUUGUUUUUAAAUUUUAUUUUGUGCACCAAAUGUUUUUGUUUUCUUCUACACGUAUAUAAUAAUACAAAUGAUUCACUAAGUUCUUUAUACAGAGAGGCAGAGCUCACACUGGACUUUCUGUGAGACAUAGAGUAGCCUUAGGGAAUGUACGGAGACAUAGAGUAGCCUUAGGGAAUGUACGGAUAUUACCUAACAACUAAAGGGGGAAGACGGGGGUAUAAAAUCUGUUACGAUUUGUUAGGAGGUGGGAGGUGGGGGAGUCUGAAGAUUUGUUAGUAACAAAAGAAUAUUCCAAUGAAAUAACAGAUACACUGAUACCUUGACUUUACUCGGGUCCGACUUUCGCAGAAUGGCUAUAGCAACGGGUUUUCGAAAAAAAUUUACUGGAAAAAUUAUUUGUUUCUAACACCACGAGUUUUCCCCUCACUGUCGCCCACGUUUGAAAUGACAGAUUGCAUCACGAAUAUUUAAUGGAUGCAAUGCAUUGUUUGCAUCAGGUACCUCGCUCAAAUCACACAAACAAAACUUGCACUGAAACGAGGCUGAGAUCAAAGCGACUGAUUGCAAAGCGACGAAACCAAGUUCCCCUCUCUGAUAGCAAUGAGCUGGAAUGGAUAAAUUCGAGUGAAUUUUGUGAUGAUCUUGAAAAUGUAGAUAAUGAUAUCGAAGCGACUAAAGAAAUCGAUAGGGCCCUACUUUUCCCAUCAUUUCUGUUGACACUAUGAUGAAAAAUGUGCUUUGGGGACGUGAUAAUCAAUAAAUAAGUCAUUUGUAAAAUUCGAAUUUUCUUGUUAUGUUAUUGGGGUGUAGGUAAUUUAGUUUUUUUACGAUUUGUUACAAAGGAAGAAGGCGUUUUUUUUUAAAAGGUGAUUCUCGGUGUUACGUACUAUCCGGACGUUCCCUUAUAAAAGUGCAAUUGAAUAUCGCCAUGUUUUUUGUUCGCAAUUUUGAUUUCAAAUUAACUGUAAGUGUAAGUAGAAUGAUAGUAGUCUUCCUUGUUUCAUAGGACAAUGGCUUCGUGAGCACCAAGGCCAAAUGGGUAUUUUGGCCUAGCAAACAUGAGAUUUGUUGAAGAAUGUAAAGUGGGCAGGUCACAUGACAACUAAGUAUUGAUCAAUUAUAUAUAAUAAGGUGAAGACUGGAAUUCUGAAUUUUCGGGAUUUUUAGGGCGCCUGGAACUUGGACGCGGAUCUAAAAAAAAACAAAAAAAAACACGGUUCUAACGAUUUUCCUAGAAAUUUUACAGUUGAUGUAUAUCGGUGAGAAAAGAAUAACUAGCUACUUGGCCACAUUGAGAAAACUUUAAUUUGACCAUUAUAAUUUUUCAAAGUAAAAAAGAAAUACAUUUAAAUUUGACUAGAGAACUAGGCCUAGAUCAAGAUCCAGCAUCGAUUUUGAAAGGACUUAUCAAUGUCGGGAAUUUAAAGGCCCAUCAUUGAAAUAUUAUAAAGUGUAGUAGAUCUAUACCUUCACUUAGCGAGGAUUCUUUCUCUGGGGAAAGUUUUUAAAUGUAACAUUCAUUAGUUAUUAAAAGAAAAACAAAAGCUCUUUAAGUUGUCUAAAGGAGGUAUAGUCUUUUAAAAACAGUAUUUUGAAUGUUUUUUCUUGUUAAACAUUGUAAUGUAACUAAAACUUAAGAGACAUUAAAAUUAUUUUUUUUCAUUGGUUGUAAAUUUUAGUUUAUAUUUUUUUUUUGCACUGGAUGCACAUGUAAACCUUUGUUCAUCUAAUUCUUCCAAAAAAAUUAUAACUUUUGGCCCUCCAAUACUUCCACAAGGCAAAUAGCCAUCAGAUUGUCCACAGAACAUACCCCCAGUUAUCCCUUACUCAUCAAUUCUUUCCCUGUACAAAUGGUUAAAUCAUUGGUCAUAAAUUCUUCCACACUACUGAAUAGUAAGUUGCUGAUUGUGUAAUAUAACCACCGACUCACGUAUAAGCCUGGGAAAUUGUAUUACUUCCAUUGUAGCUAGUAAAAAGAUCUUGUUUGGCAACAUUUCGUUUCACAUAGAAUGUAUGUGCCAGUUUGUAUUAAUAUUUCUCAAAUAAACUUCAACAAGUAUUAUUUCUUCCUAAACAAGAAUAAAAAUCUGACUUACAAAA